GUAGUGACACAGACUGAGACAACGUGUCUAGGGUUGAGCUUGGGGAGGUGCGCUCAGGUGUAGGUAGACGAUGUCGUCGAUCCUCGAUACCAUGGUCAUGUCAGCGCCCCGCCUCGCUGAAGCAUCAACGAGCUCAGUACAACAGCCUACUGUGACUGUACAGCGACUACCUUCAAGCUCGGCAUACGCUGUCCCAACACGGCAGCUCGCUGGCGAAGUAGAGGGCAAGCACACAGAAGUCGUCAUUCAAGAAUAUCAUGAUCGCACAUUCGUCGUCGUCACUCAGCUCGGCAGGGUGGGAAUCGUGAUGCAAGCCUCCCUCCCAGCAGACACGCCCUACAUCCCCUACUCCUCUUCUUCCACCUCCUCUACCUCCAACUACGACUUUGACUAUCCCGACUCGGACUCAGAGUCCGAACAGCGCCCCAAUGAACAUGCAAAUGGUGCAGCCGCAGCUGCAGGGGCACCUCCAACCUUCACGCUCCCUACCAUCAAUCCCUCCCUCGUGCAUACCGCCCUGCUCGGCACGCCUCCCCCGGGUCAGGCAGCCCUCUACUCUCUGUAUGUCUCCUCCAUUCACGGUCUCUUGCGUUCUUCUUCCACUGCGGGAGGAGGAGGAGAAGAGGAUGUCAAGGAUCUGAGACCAGUAGUGGUGGGAUUGGGAUUGGGAUUGGGAUUGGGAUUGGGAGGACAGGGUGAGCAGGAGGAAGAGGUGGACGUAAUGGCGGAAGAGGAGAGGGGACGAUUUGUUGGUGUUCUCGAGCUGGUCAGGCGGUGCAGGGAAGUCUCAAGUAGGGCAGGGGAACAACACACAACAUAAGAGCGGCGAUGCUUGCGUAAAAUCACCACACUCUACUGCGACGACAGACGAAUUGUUCCAUUUUUGCAUUGUAUGCGAACCCUCUAGGUAUUGCGGUGCGGUACGACAGACGAGCAUUCUAGAACUUGUAGAUCUGGUCCUGCUGGUAUCCGGCAUCGGCAAGCAGACCCUUGAGCUCUCCCUGGCUACCCUUGGGGCCCUUUCCACCACUGAUGGCCUCCACUUGAGGGGGAGGACCUGAAUAGAAUUACCACACAAGUCGAGGAGCGUCAGUUCAUUGCCCCCUCCACUAUUCUUUGG